AUGUCUUCGAGCCUUGUUCUUCACUCAACGCUGCCCAGGGCACUCACGCGUAGAGUGGUGCAGAGAUCUUCCAUUCAAUCUCGAUAUAACACCACCUUCAACUACGUCCCCGGCGGUCCCAUCCUCAGAGGAACCGUGAACGACCCCACCACCUUCCCAAAGCCCUCACCGAUCCACGGCUCGUACCACUGGGCUUUCGAGCGCCUUCUGUCGGCAGGUCUCGUUCCUUUGACCGCCGCCGCCUUCGUUACAUCUGGGAGCAACUACCCCAUCGUUGACGGUCUGCUUGGAGUUAGCUUGGUCAUGCACAGUCACCUCGGAUUCGACUCCAUCGUCGUCGACUACCUUCACCCCCGCAAGUUCCCCAUUCUUGGGCCCAUCACGACGUGGACUCUGCGGGUGGCGACCGUGGCCACCCUGGUCGGCGUCUACCAGUUUAAUACGAACGACAUUGGUCUCACCGAACUCAUCGCCAAGGCUUGGACCGCAUAA